AUGUACGGCACAUCGACCGCCCCUCAGACGGGCAUUAAUACCCCUCGCUCCUCUCAAUCCUUACGCCCUCUGAUUCUCUCGCACGGCUCCCUGGAAUUCUCCUUCCUCGUCCCGACCUCCAUCCAUUUCCAUGCAUCGCAACUGAAGGACACUUUCACCGCCUCCCUCCCCCAACCAACAGAUGAGCUGGCUCAAGAUGAGGAACCGUCGUCCGUCGCCGAGCUGGUCGCUCGCUACAUCGGCCAUGUCGCUCAUGAGGUGGAAGAAGGUGAGGAUGAUGCGCAGGGCACUUAUCUGGAGGUCUUGAAGCUGGCCUUGAACGAGUUCGAACGCGCCUUCAUGCGUGGGAAUGAUGUUCAUGCCGUCGCUGCCAGCCUGCCCGGCAUCACCUCGAAAAAGGUUCUUGUCGUCCAGGCCUACUAUGCCGGUCGUGCCGCCGCCGGACGGCCCACCAAGCCCUACGACUCGGCUCUGUUCCGCGCCGCAGCCGACGAGAAGGCCAGCAUCUACUCCGUCUUCGGCGGUCAGGGGAACAUUGAAGAAUACUUUGAUGAACUGCGUGAGGUCUACACCACCUACCCGUCCUUCGUGGAAGACCUGAUCACUUCCUCCGCGGAGCUGCUGCUCUCCCUCUCUCGCGAGCCCGAGGCCAACAAGCUUUACCCCAAGGGUCUGGACAUCAUCCAGUGGCUCCACGACCGCGACUCCCAGCCGGACACGGACUACCUCGUCUCCGCUCCCGUGAGUUUGCCCUUGAUUGGGUUGGUGCAACUCGCCCACUUCGUCGUCACCUGCAAGGUGCUGGGCAAAGAACCCGGUGACAUUCUGUCCCGCUUUAAUGGAACGACGGGUCACUCUCAGGGUGUCGUCACGGCCGCCGCGAUCGCCUCCGCCACCAGCUGGGAGAGCUUCCACAAGGCCGCCAAGAACGCCCUGACCAUGCUCUUCUGGAUUGGUCUCCGCAGUCAGCAAGCCUAUCCCCGGACCUCCAUUGCCCCCUCGGUGCUGCAGGACUCCAUUGAAAAUGGCGAAGGCACCCCGACCCCCAUGUUGUCCAUUCGGGAUCUCCCCCGUGCCGCGGUUCAGGAGCACAUCGACAUGACGAAUCAGCAUCUCCCGGAGGACCGUCACAUUGCCAUUUCCCUGGUCAACAGUGCGCGGAACUUCGUUGUCACGGGUCCUCCCCUCUCCCUGUACGGUCUCAACCUGCGUCUGCGCAAGGUCAAGGCCCCGACCGGCUUGGACCAGAACCGCGUUCCUUACACCCAGCGCAAAGUUCGCUUCGUCAACCGUUUCCUCCCCAUCACCGCCCCCUUCCACAGCCAGUACCUGUACUCCGCCUAUGAUCGCAUUCUGGAGGAUCUGGAGGAUGUCGAAAUCGCCGGCAAGUCCCUUGUGAUUCCCGUGUAUGGCACUCAGUCCGGUGAAGAUCUGAGAGCCAUGGGCGAUGCGAACAUUGUCCCGGCCCUGGUGCGCAUGAUCACCCAUGAUGCUGUCAACUGGGAGCAGGCGACCGUCUUCCCCAGCGCCACGCAUAUCCUGGACUUUGGUCCCGGUGGUAUCUCCGGCUUGGGUGUUCUGACGAACCGCAACAAGGACGGUACGGGUGUUCGAGUUGUCCUCGCGGGUGCCAUGGAUGGUACCAAUGCUGAGGUGGGCUACAAGCCGGAGCUGUUUGACCGUGAUGAGCACGCUGUGAAGUACGCCAUCGAUUGGGUGAAGGAGUUCGGCCCCCGUCUGGUGAAGAACGCGACUGGUCAGACUUUCGUCGACACCAAGAUGAGCCGCCUUUUGGGUAUCCCUCCCGUCAUGGUUGCCGGUAUGACUCCCACCACCGUUCCUUGGGACUUUGUCGCCGCAACCAUGAACGCCGGCUUCCACAUCGAACUGGCGGGUGGUGGUUAUUACAACGCCAAGACGAUGACCGAGGCCAUCACCAAGAUUGAAAAGCAGAUCCCGCCUGGGCGUGGAAUUACCGUUAAUCUGAUCUACGUCAACCCCCGUGCGAUGGCCUGGCAGAUCCCGCUGAUCGGCAAGCUGCGGGCCGAUGGCGUCCCGAUUGAGGGUCUGACGAUCGGCGCCGGUGUUCCGUCCAUUGAGGUCGCGAACGAGUACAUUGAGACCCUGGGCAUCAAGCACAUCGCCUUCAAGCCGGGUUCCGUGGAUGCCAUUCAGCAGGUCAUCAACAUUGCGAAGGCCAACCCUAAGUUCCCCGUCAUCCUGCAAUGGACUGGUGGCCGUGGUGGUGGCCAUCACUCGUUUGAAGACUUCCACCAGCCUAUUCUCCAGAUGUACAGCCGCAUUCGCCGCUAUGACAACAUCGUUCUCGUCGCCGGUAGUGGCUUUGGUGGCUCGGAGGACACCUACCCGUAUCUGUCGGGAACUUGGUCCUCUCGUUUCGGCUACCCUCCCAUGCCUUUCGAUGGCUGUCUGUUCGGAAGUCGCAUGAUGAUUGCCAAGGAAGCCCACACGUCCAAGAACGCCAAGAAGGCCAUCGCUGAUGCACCGGGUCUGGACGACCAGGACUGGGAGAAGACCUAUAAGGGCGCCGCCGGCGGUGUGGUCACCGUGCUUUCGGAAAUGGGCGAGCCCAUCCACAAAUUGGCCACCCGAGGUGUGCUUUUCUGGCAUGAGAUGGACCAGAAGAUCUUCAAGCUUGACAAGGCCAAGCGUGUACCCGAGCUAAAGAAGCAGCGUGACUACAUCAUCAAGAAGCUGAAUGACGAUUUCCAGAAGGUCUGGUUCGGCCGCAAUGCCGCCGGCGAGACGGUCGACCUUGAGGACAUGACUUACACUGAGGUCGUGCACCGCAUGGUGGAUCUCAUGUACGUGAAGCAUGAAUCUCGCUGGAUCGACGAUUCCCUGAAGAAGUUGACCGGUGACUUCAUUCGUCGUGUCGAGGAGCGUUUCACUGCCGGUGAAGCCCGUCCGUCUCUGCUACAGAACUACUCGGAACUGGAUACGCCUUACCCUGCCAUCGAUAACAUCCUGGCUGCCUACCCUGAAGCCGCGACUCAGUUGAUCAACGCGCAGGAUGUCCAGCACUUCCUCCUGCUCUGUCAGCGCCGCGGACAGAAGCCAGUUCCCUUCGUUCCCUCUCUGGAUGAGAACUUUGAGUACUGGUUCAAGAAGGACUCUCUCUGGCAGAGCGAAGAUCUCGAGGCAGUAGUCGGCCAGGACGUUGGCAGAACUUGUAUUUUGCAAGGCCCGAUGGCUGCCAAGUUCUCCAACGUCAUUGAUGAGCCUGUCUACGAUAUUCUGAACGGUAUCCAUCAGGGUCAUAUCAAGAGCCUCAUCAAGGAUGUGUACAAUGGCGAUGAAUCGCGCGUUCCCAUCAUUGAAUACUUCGGUGGUCAUCUCACUGAGGCUGUCGAGGAGCCCGAUGUUGACGGACUUACCAUUUCCGAGGAUGGCAACAAGAUCAGCUACCGCCUGUCCUCCACUCCUUCCGCCAACCUCCCUGACCUCAACCGCUGGCUGCAUCUCCUUGCUGGCACGUCCUACUCCUGGAGACACGCCAUCUUCAUGGCGGAUGUGUAUGUGCAAGGCCAUCGUUUCCAGACGAAUCCGAUGAAGCGCAUUGUUGCUCCGACCCCGGGCAUGUAUGUCGAGGUUGUCAACCCCAACGACCCCUCCAAGACCAUCAUCAGCGUCCGGGAGCCCUACCAGUCUGGAAAGCUUGUGAAGACUGUCGAGGUGAAGAUGCACGAGAACAAUCAGAUCGGCAUCACUCUGUUCGAGGGCAGAACCGCUGAAGGUGGCGUUGUUCCCCUCACCUUCCUGUUUACCUACCAUCCUGAGGCGGGAUACGCCCCUAUCCGGGAAGUGAUGGACAGCCGCAAUGAUCGCAUCAAGGAGUUCUACUACCGCAUUUGGUUCGGCAACAAGGAUGUCCCCUUCGACACCCCGACCACCGCCACCUUCGACGGCGGUCGUGAAACGAUCACCUCCCAGGCUGUUGCCGACUUCGUUCACGCGGUCGGCAACACGGGCGAGGCUUUCGUCGACCGUCCUGGCAAGGAGGUCUUUGCUCCCAUGGACUUCGCCAUUGUUGCUGGAUGGAAGGCUAUCACCAAGCCCAUCUUCCCGCGUACGAUCGACGGAGACUUGCUUAAGCUGGUUCAUCUGUCCAACGGAUUCAAGAUGGUCCCUGGAGCCCAGCCCCUGAAGGUCGGUGAUGUUCUGGACACUACCGCUCAGAUCAACGCCGUCAUCAACCAGGAAUCCGGUAAGAUGGUCGAGGUCUGCGGCACCAUUCGCCGGGAUGGCAAGCCCAUCAUGCAUGUGACGAGUCAGUUCCUGUACCGGGGUGCCUAUGUCGACUUCGAGAAUACCUUCCAGCGGAAGGACGAGGUCCCCAUGCAAGUUCACCUCACCUCGAGCCGUGAUGUGGCGAUCCUGCGGUCGAAGGAGUGGUUCCGCAUGGACGAGCCCGAAGUUGAACUCUUGGGCCAGACCUUGACUUUCCGCCUUCAGAGUCUGAUCCGGUUCAAGAACAAGUCUGUUUUCAGCCACGUUCAAACUGUCGGCCAGGUCCUUCUUGAACUUCCUACCAAGGAGGUCAUCCAGGUUGCCUCCGUCGACUACGAGGCUGGCGCUUCCCACGGCAAUCCCGUGAUCGACUAUCUGGAGCGCAACGGUACCUCCAUUGAACAGCCGGUUUACUUCGAGAACCCCAUCCCGCUCAGCGGAAAGACGCCCUUGACUCUCCGCGCCCCUGCAUCUAAUGAGACAUAUGCCCGCGUCUCCGGCGACUACAACCCCAUCCACGUCUCGCGUGUCUUCUCCAGCUAUGCCAACCUGCCGGGAACCAUCACCCACGGCAUGUACAGCAGCGCUGCUGUUCGCAGCUACGUCGAGACCUGGGCGGCUGAAAACAACAUUGGUCGCGUGCGUGGCUUCCAUGUUUCGCUCGUGGGCAUGGUUCUCCCUAAUGACAUGAUCACUGUCAAGUUGCAGCACGUCGGUAUGAUUGCGGGUCGCAAGAUCAUCAAGGUCGAAGCCAGCAACCAGGAUACUGAAGACAAGGUGCUCCUUGGUGAAGCCGAAGUCGAGCAGCCCGCGACUUCUUACGUGUUCACUGGACAGGGUUCUCAGGAGCAGGGUAUGGGAAUGGAGCUGUACAACAACAGCCCUGUUGCGCGCGAAGUCUGGGAUCGGGCCGACCGCCACUUCAUCGAGAACUACGGUCUCUCGAUCAUUGACAUCGUGAAGAACAACCCCAAGGAACUGACUGUCUACUUUGGCGGUCCCCGCGGAAAGGCCAUCCGUCAGAACUACAUGUCCAUGACUUUCGAGACUGUGAAUGCCGAUGGAACCAUCAAGUCUGAGAAGAUCUUCAAGGAGAUCGAUGAGAGCACGAGCUCUUACACCUACCGCUCUCCCUCUGGUCUCCUGUCUGCUACCCAGUUCACGCAGCCUGCCCUGACCCUCAUGGAGAAGGCCUCCUUUGAAGACAUGCGCUCCAAGGGCCUUGUCCAAAGGGACAGCAGCUUCGCCGGUCAUUCCCUUGGUGAAUACUCCGCCCUUGCUGCUCUCGCCGACGUGAUGCCUAUCGAGAGCUUGGUCUCCGUUGUCUUCUACCGUGGUUUAACUAUGCAGGUUGCUGUGGAGCGUGACGAGCAGGGUCGCUCCAACUACUCCAUGUGCGCUGUGAACCCCAGCCGCAUUUCCAAGACCUUCAACGAACAAGGUCUGCAGUAUGUUGUCGAGAACAUCUCGGAACAGACUGGUUGGCUCUUGGAAAUUGUCAACUACAACGUUGCGAACAUGCAAUACGUCGCUGCUGGUGAUCUUCGCGCACUUGACUGCCUCACCAACUUGCUGAACUACCUCAAGGCACAGAACAUCGACAUUCCCGCUCUCAUGCAGAGCAUGUCUCUGGAGGAUGUCAAGGCCCACCUUGUCAAGAUCAUCCAGGAGUGUGUCAAGCAGACCGAAUCGAAGCCCAAGCCUAUUGUGCUUGAGCGAGGCUUCGCCACCAUUCCUCUCCGAGGAAUUGACGUGCCUUUCCACAGUACUUUCCUGCGUUCUGGCGUGAAGCCCUUCCGUUCCUUCUUGCUGAAGAAGAUCAACAAGACCACCAUUGAUCCCAGCAAGUUGGUCGGCAAGUACAUUCCCAACGUCACCGCUCGUCCAUUCGAGAUCACGAAGGAGUACUUCGAAGAUGUGUACAGACUCACGAACUCUCCCCGCAUUGCCCAUAUCCUGGCGAACUGGGAUAAGUACGAGGAGGGUACCGAGAGCGUCUCCCGCAGUACUGGUGCGACUGCUUAA